UUGCUUGAUUUAUUUCGUUUGGAUAUAUUUGUGAUUUUUAUGUGAUGGCGUUUCACGGUGUGCGGUUUUUGAAAAGGCAAUGAUUUAAGUAGAAUAGACGCCUAAUAAUAAGUUUGACCUCCCAUCUGCUGAGGACAUGUGGGCAACAGAAACUCCUGAUGGAAACUUCAGAGGUUUCAAUGUUUUCACGAACAUUAAAGUGAAAAAUUGACGAAAUCACAGAAAAAAAGCACCAGAAAGACCAACAAGAUGUCGGCAUUCCGUUCAACCCUAGCGCUGAGGACAGCUGGCCUAUGUCUCAGACAACAACCUGCCACAAGAACUUUAUCUACAUGUUUCCUAGGAUUUCCACAUGUGAAGAAAUUAGAAGAUUCCAUGGAAAAAUCUGGUGCCAUCUUAAGGAGAACACCUUGUAGUUGUAGCUCAUCGCUUAGACUACUUGGCUAUGGAUACUCACUUGGGUCUUACAGAAGUCAUUUUCCAAGAAUACACUGUGCAAGGGGAUAUGCUAAAAAGGCUAGGGCUGAACGUGUUCCGGUUCGCUCAGCUGAUAAGAAGGUUCGUAAGCAGCAGGUGCCGACCAGAAGUCACAUGACUGUCAGGGAGCUGGCACGGGCCAUGGGGAAAACUGAAGAUCACGUCUAUGAGUGUCUGUUGGACAGAGAUGACAUAAAUGACCUGCAGUCCAGAACAGUUCUUGAUGCAGCAACCAUCAGGCAGGUUGUGAAGAUGUCAGGGAUGGUGGCAGUACCGAUGAAGGAACAUGAGGAAAAGAAGAAAGAGAUCAAGGAUGCAGUUAGAAGACCUCCACCUGACCCCUCCGUACUGGUCAGACGUCCACCCGUAGUGACCAUCAUGGGUCACGUUGACCACGGCAAGACCACCCUACUGGACAGCCUGAGGAAGUCUCACAUAGUAGCCGGCGAGGCUGGAGGCAUCACACAACAUAUAGGGGCCUUUUCAGUUAAGCUGCCCACAGCAGAGAGAAUCACAUUCCUGGACACCCCCGGACACGCUGCCUUCUCGGCGCUUCGAGCACGCGGCGCCCUCGUGACGGACAUUGUGGUCCUGGUGGUUGCCGCUGACGACGGGGUCAUGGAACAGACUCUGGAGUCAAUCAAACAUGCCCAGGCCGCUGAUGUUCCUAUCAUUGUUGCCAUCAACAAGUGUGACAAGAAGAAUUCCGACCCUGAGGUUGUCAUGAGAGAAUUACUAAGCCAUGGGAUGGAGUUAGAGGAGUUUGGUGGGGACAUACAAUCAGUCAAUAUUUCUGCUCUUAAGGGGGAAGGCUUGACUGAGCUGGCAGAGGCCAUAGUGACCCAGGCAGAGGUCAUGGAGGUCAAAGGUGACAACACCGGCCCUGUGGAGGCCACCGUCAUCGAGUCUCGGACAGACAAGGGCAAAGGGUAUGUAUGGGGGAAUCCAGUCAACCAGAAAUGCUGCCAGUUGGCCUGCAGAGAUGUGUUUGGCUCCAUAGAGGCCAUCAUGGACACCCUGGCCUCCUAUGACUGUGAGGAAGACUGCAAGUUGAAGGACCUCCCUUCUGCAGGAGACCUCAUACUGGAGGUGGAAACAGAGUCCCGUGCUCAUGAGGUUGUCAGCUUGAGACUGGAGCAGAAGAAGGAACAGAAGCUGGCAGAUGACCAGGUGGAGAUUGACAGGAAGACAAAGGAACAUCUGGAGCACUACCAGGCCGUACGGGAGGCCACCAAGGACCUGAGGAGAUGGCAGCAGAAGAAGGUGAAGUACGAGGAGUUCAAACCCACACCAGGGAGUGAGAAGGUCAGGAGCACGGAGCCUGAGCUGAACAUUGUCAUCAGAGGAGAUGUGUUUGGCUCCAUAGAGGCCAUCAUGGACACCCUGGCCUCCUAUGACUGUGAGGAAGACUGCAAGUUGAAGGUCAUUCACGCUGAUGUCGGAGCCAUCACUGAGUCUGAUAUAGAAAUGGCUGCAGCCUUUGAUGGUUUGGUGUAUGGCUUCAACUCCACGGUACCUAAAGAUGUGGCUAAGCUGGCUGAACAGAAAAAUGUUCCUGUGAAGAUACACAAGAUCAUUUACAGACUGUUUGAAGACCUGAAGGAAGAACUGUCUGCCAAACUACCCACCAAGGAGGAACUGGACAUCAAAGGUUCAGCCCACGUACUCCAGGUGUUUGAGGUGACCGUGGGGAAGAAAAAAGUCCCAGUGGCGGGGUGCAGGGUGACACAGGGUGAGAUGGACAAGAGGAGGGAUGCACUACUGGUCAGGAAUGGCGAAGUCAUAUUCAGAGGCCCUGUCUCCUCCCUGAAGCACCUGAAGGAUGAUGUUUGGACAGUGAGACAGGAGAUGGAGUGUGGGAUAGCUCUGCACAAGUGUCCGGACAUCAGGCAUGGAGACGUCAUACAGAGCUUUGAGGUCAACGAGGUUCCUCAAACAAUAGACUGGAACCCAGGAUUUUAGGUUAGAUGUUCAUGGAACAUCUACCACGUGUAUCAUUAAUAUUUCAAUAAUUAUCUUCUGGUGCAAGGGAAGCAAAGAUUAUGAAUCAGUCAAUAUCAUAACUGCUAUAGGUACAUAUUACAGCAACUUGAAGCUGGACAAUAAAGGCAUUCUUUC